AGAACUGACGCGUUAAUUGUUCAUUAUUAGUCGUGCGUAUUUUUAGUGUAAGUAAAUUCAACAUGGCCGCCUCCAUGAAAACGUGAAGAAUAUUUCCUAAAUGUACCAUUGAUGCGAUUUAUAGGAAUAAAUGUGAUAGUUUAAAAUGUAUUUACAUACUAGUUGUAGAUGUUACACAAAUCACCAGAAAGCAAAGCCAACUCAGAAUAGAGGUACAAAGACUGCAAAGAGCCGAUCAUCUCAGACAAAUAAAACGCUAAGUGCUAAAAAGCUGCAUAAUCGAGACUUUUCCGCAAUACAAAGAUCUGUACAAGAUUUUGAUGAGGCUUUUACCAGAAAAGAGGAAUCUGAUUCAUUUGGUAGUUUGCGUAAAGCAUCUGCAAAAGAUGUUGUUGUUAGCAAACAAUCUACAUUAAAAGAUUUAGAAAAUGAAGUUCCUAGUGUGAAAUGGAAAGAAGUUUCAACUAAAGACUUUCAGCCCAAAAAUAUAACUAGUACAACAAAAUCCAUAACCAAGGCCUCAAAUGCCAAACCUGGAGGAAGUAGAAAUGAUGAUUUUAAUAACUAUAUAGACUCAAUGAGUAAGAAACUCCAGAUCAAAGAUGAUGUUAUACAGAGAACUAAUUUACAGCAUCCUAAAGCCAGGACCAGGGGAGUGAAGAUAACAGUACCUGAAGAUAAGGAUGAAGAUGCAUAUGAGAGGAAGUUAGUUGACUGCAUAAACAGUGAGAAAGAUGAACAAGAUAUAGCAGAAAUAUUUGGUGUCCUAAAUGAAGACAUUCAUAAAUCCAUGGGUGAAUCGACAGGCCUGGAUGUAGAGUACAAGGGGAAGGACACUGAAAACAUGGAUGAAGAUCCAGAGAGUAGGCCAUACCUGCGGCUGUCUAAAUAUGAUCGCCGUCACACACAACACUAUUACCUCAUGAAGAUGUUUAAUGCAAUACGAGCCAAGGAUCUUAAGAAGGCUAUCAGUGUACUAGAGGUAGACAUGUUAGAGAAAGACAGAGUUAUGCCUAGUAGGUACCACUUCACCAUGCUAAUUACAGCCUGUGGCAAAAUUGGCUACAUGGAAAAGGCAUUCCAGCUCUAUAACAAGAUGAAAGAACAUGGUUUAAUGCCAAGUGGACCAACUUAUACCUCAAUGUUCAAUGCUUGUGCAAAUUCACCAUAUAAGGAUAAAGCACUGAAGCAGGUGAGGUAUCUGCAUAAUGCAAUGCUUGAAAAGAGUGUUGAGAUCCAUCCCACUACAUUUAAAGCAAUCAUGAAGUCAUAUGCUAUCACGGGGGACAUGCAGGCAGCCUUUGCAACCAUGGAUGAUAUGAAGGUGAAAGGACAUAAGUUGGAUACAGAGUGUUUCAGUUUCCUACUCAUGGCAUGUAUCUCUGAUAAAGAAGCAGGUCUUAAACAUGCAAUAGAGGUUUGGCGAGCUAUGAGAAAGAGAAAGUUGACACCUGAAGGUUAUCAGUACAAUCUACUCCUUAGAGCAGCCAGAGAUUGCGGACUGGGCACCCCUGAGUUUGCAAAUACACUCAUCAAAAAAAUUAGCGGGAAACCACAAAACGCAACACUCCAAACACCUGCGAUGUUAACUGGGAUGGAUGGAAAUCAACUUUUACAAAUCACAGCCCUAAAUGUAGAAAUGGAAACCCCCACAGAACAUAAGGAGAACAAUGAAAGUGCACUGGAAACUAGAGUGAUUAAAGAUGACAACACAAAUUCUAAACCAUGGUGGAAAGUCAAAAAGGAGAAGUAUGAAGCAGAAGCCAUACACAAACUUUUAAACAGUGAAACAGCACUCCAAGCCCAACCCCAUGUAAUAUCAGGCAAAAUGCCAAAUAUUUUAAACCCAAGUGGAAAAUUCCGUGAUGUCAUAUCACUGGAUAGAAUUGAAACACCUCAGGACAGGCUCAUGCUGCUAGGGGGUAUGAGUGGUUUUCUAUCACAUAUGUCAGUAGAUGGUGCAAAGCCAGAUAUCAAAACAUUUAGUCAGUUAUUGGAACUAAUUCCCUCAGAUACCCAUAUAGAGAAGGAACUCCUAGCAAAUAUGAAACAGAUGCAGGUACAUCCAGAUGUUGACUUUCUUAACUUGCUUAUAAUGAAACGCAACAGGAGAAAGGACUACAAAGGUGCUCAAGAGGUUUUCAAUAGAAUCACAUCCAGUAAGAGGCUCACUCCCAACAUAAGAACAUUUGGUUGCCUAGUUACCAGAACUCUGGAUGUUGUUACAUUGGACAACUUCAUUCAACUUCUGAAGGAGUAUGACAUGAAGCCAAACUUACAUAUAAUAAGCAAUAUAAUCGUUGGUUGUGGUGACAACUUUCAACUCCUGCGUAAAGUGCUGGAACUGAUGGUGGAAUACAACAUACAACCCCACUCUGGCAUUCUUAGAGAAUUGGAGAAGAAACGGGCCAAGGGGAAACAAAUCUUGCUGAAAAAGGAACAAGGGGAAAAGAUGAGUGCCUUCCUAUCUUCAAGGCAAUGGGACAAUGCCUACGAAAUCUACAUGUUGCGCUACAAAAGUUGGCUUCAGCAGAUGGACCUACACCAAUCUGAAGACCCCUUCAAAUAUAUGAAAGAGGACCCCUUACCACCACAGCAAUUAAACAUUGAUCCGGAUGAAUUGUUACCUGAUGGACAUGAAGUAUCAUUCACCUGACAUUAAAAAAUAUUUCCAGUUGAUAAUCUGAAUGUGCCAAACGACUAAAUAUUCUACUGGAAUGAUUAGCAAAGUAGAAGCUUCUGUUAAAAAUCAAACAUCGAUUUGAAAAAGAUCAUAAAUCUCCUAGUUCCAAAGCACUCUGAACUAUAUAGACUAUAUAGCAACUUGUUUCCGGUGUCGCCAAAAUUGACAAUUAAAUAAAAUCCAUGUCAUGGUGUUUGUUAUUUAUAAAAUACAUGUAGCUCUCAUAACUGAGUAAUAUGAAAAUGAAA